AUGGCGGGAGAGUCCACAAGGCGCAAUCAGAACUUUUAUUACCAAUACCACCAGGACCACGGACAUACCACAGAGAACUGCAAGAACCUCUGGAACUAUCUAGACCAGCUAGUCCGAGAAGGAAAGCUGAAGCACCUUUUGCAUAAUUCCAGUGGUCAUCAAGGCCAGACCCAUCAGGAACCCCAGAGAGAUACUGCCCUAAGGCCACCCGUAGGGACGGUCAAUGUAAUCUUGGCCGCGCCAGGAAGAACAAGCACGUGCCCUUCACGAGUGUUAUCUGUGGCUCAGCUGCUUGCCGAGGAGUCCCAGCUAGAGCCGAAGAGAGCCAGAAUGAAUUUUCACCCAAUCCUAAUUUUUUCAGAAGAAGACAAGAUCGGAACCACCCAACCCCAUGACGAUGCACUGUUGAUCACUCUCAGAAUCGGGGACUACGAUGUGAAAAGAGUGAUGGUGGAUGGUGGCAGUGGGGUCGAGGUUAUUUAUCCCGACCUCUACAAAGGGCUGAGGCUAAAACCGGAAGAUUUGAUGCCCUAUAACUCUCCUUUGAUGAGCUUUGAUAGGAAGCUUGUUAUUCCAAAGGGCAUGAUUAGGCUACCCAUUCAGACCGGCCCAGAGAUAGUGGAGGUGAACUUUAUCGUGGUGGACACCUAUUCUCCCUAUACAGCCAUCGUAGGUAGGCCCUGA